AUGUCUCGAAGUUGGGAUGCACAAGGUAUGCAUUAUCCACCGGCUCAGCAGCAAUGGGCCCAACAUCCUAGCUAUGCGCAGCCUCCGCAACAACAACAGAUGCCACCUCAUCAUAGCCAGCAACAGCAGCAAGGACAACAAGCACCUGUUAGUGGACAGUCCACCGUGCUAGAAGCGCUUAUCAACCAGCCACAGUAUCCUUCAGCUCCACCCCAGGUUUAA